AUGUAUGGUUUUAAUGUGAGGAUGCAGAAGAAAGGGCGGCCUCGAAUGUCAGUGCCACAGUUUGGGGGGUGGGAUCAAAACGGUGGGGCAGAUGUGAGUUCAGGGUACACAGUGGUGUUUUCAAAGGCUCGAGCUGAUCGACAACAUCAAAAGACUGACUUAUCUGAGGUCAAGCGUCAAACUCAUCAACUCCAAGAUCAUCAUCAUCUUCAUCAUGACAAUAAUAACCUUCCCAAAAACCAAGCUCAUCACCACCACCACCACCACCACCACCACAAGAGGCAUGAUCGUCAUGGUAAACCAGAAGAAGAACCACCUUAUGCUUCUGCAACCACUCCUCCUAAUCCAAUGGGGAAAAAGAGAAACAAGAUAAUGUCAUGGAUCUUCUGCUACCAGCCGCUGCCAGCCGCUGCCAGCCGCCGUUGCUCUGCUCUCGCCGCCGUUCGGCCGUCCACCGCCAUCCAGCUACCCACCGUUCACCGUAGCAUCUCAGUCCUGACGUUCUCUGGGAGUGAUUUGAAGCUUGCUCCUUCAGGAUUGUUGAUCAAGUCUCUGAUGGAGUCGUUUUUAGACUUAAAUGAAAUAUGUGAGGAGCAAAAUUCGUCAUAUGCACUCAGAUUGGUGCCGUGGUUGAACUGGGAUGAAUGGGUUUUGGUUAAAGAUUCUCUAUUCUCAGAUUCCCCAGAUUCCAUUGCUUUUGCUCUCAAAAGAAUAUCGGCAUGGGAAAGUCGAGGAUGUUUACCAGCUGCGAUUGAGGCUACUGCUUCCAUCAUUGAAAUUCAACAGAUGGAUCCCUAUUUUAGGGUGGAUGAUGAUCAGUGUAAUGAUAAUUCUCAUUCCCUUUCAGAGAAGAUGCUUGCUCAUUUGUAUUGCAUGACAAUCAUUAGGCUUGUCAAUGGUGUUAUUGAAAAGACGCGUAAAAAAGAAGAGAAGUCCAUAGCUGUGGCAGCUGAGGAAAUUGGUAUUCCACGCACACUGAUUGAUAUUCGUCAUGAGGCAUCACAUCGUGGACUUCCAUCACUUCAACUUCUUCACAGUGCCUCAGUUAAGGCACUUGAUUGGUUGAAAUCUUAUUAUUGGGAACCUCAGACCAAGGCAAUUCCUUUUGAAGGUGAUGGAAAUGCAAAGGCUAGAAAGAAAAUCAAAUCCAAGUUUCAAGAACUGUCUUCCUACUUGAAAAGCAACCAGAGUCCCCAGUCUAAUAGUCCAAUACUCGAUGGAAAACGUUCUAAGAAACAGGUUUCUAAGAUAUUGAAAUCUCUUGUUCAGUUAUAUUCUUCCUACUCCUCAGAGAUUGUAGAUGCGUUGUUGGAGUAUUUGUUAAAAGCCCUGAGUUCUUCAGAACUAGGAGAGCAUGCGACACAUGCUUCACUUGGUCCAACCAUAAACAUUAUUUUGGCCAAUUGGAAGGUUGUCAUACGCAAAUUUUGGGAUAAGGAGCCGGAAUUACUUGUGAACCUUCUCAAGGAAGUACUCAUUAUGAUUGAGACCCAGGAAGCAAUGAAAUAUGAAGAAGAAAUACAAUGUCUAGGAACAUCACGUAGGGAAGGGUUUUGCCAGAUUGAUCUUCUUGCAUCUUUGUUUGAAUGGGUUGUUGGGAUUCUAAACAAAGUACCAUCUGCUAAAGCAAAUGUACCGAAAAGUGUUUUGCUUGAACUUGUACGAAAAUGUCUUCGAAUACUGCCUCCUAGCAAUAAGCAGCUAAUGGAUUCAGCCCUUCUCCUUGCAAAAUUGAUGGAUGAUAGCUCUUUAAUGGAGAAAGUUGAAAAGCUCUCCCAUGUCAUUCUAUCCAACUCAGUCAUAACCAAUGAUGAAAGCUCUUUGCCCAUGGCUUCAGUGAAUUUCCUUCAGAUGGAGGAAGAGAUACGGCAAGCUGCUAGAAAGCUGGAGUCGUUUAAACAACGAGUAACAAAGAGUAAAACAUCAUCAUCAAUGGAUUGCUUAACUGACAAGCCUCGGACAUGGGCUUUGGCUAAAGAAUGGAACCCAUGUCCAAUCGGCAUGUUGCCCCGCACUGCUGGUUCAUCUGGUUAUCUUCCUUCACUUGAUCGUAUUGAUAAUGGGAAAGACAUUCAUGAAUUGGAUAGGAAGGAGACUCAGAAACCAAUCAAACAUGGUGUCAAGAGAGAUGCCACUUUGGACCUUACGCUGCUUGAUGAAUCAACUCUUAAGAAGAUAAGAGAGACAGGACAAGUUUCUGAAUUAGAGCAUGAUGUAUUACCACCAGUUAAAGCUAAGGGAUGCUUACUAAUAGAUGGGCUUUGGAAGAGUGUCACAGAAGAAGAGUUUCGAGCCGUUAAGUCGUCUGUGAGGAUUUUAGUUUAACUCACUGUGUUCUUGUCUAGCUUGUAGAUAUCAUCCAAUUUUGUUCAAAAAUAGGCUGGUUAUUGAAGUGGUAUUGAUUUACAAUUCAUUAGCAAAACAUAGUUGAGGUCAGUGGAAUUCCACUAAACACAGUCAAUUUAUUAUACCCAUAUGUUGGUAAUACCAUAUGGUCGUCAGUUGAAGAAAUGACAGGUAUUUCAUGUCUUCUCUUCCUGCAUUCUUAAGUCCAUGUUCUUUGCUGGACAAAAUUUACUAUUAUGAAUAUCAACUUU